CUCGAUGGCGGGCAGGGGGCGGGGUCUUCCUCCAGGUUCAGGGUGGUGAGACUAGUGAGCGGAGCCGGCGGCGGAGGCCGGGGGGAAUCGUAUCGUCGCGGGCGAUGGAUGUGCACAGAGUUCACAGAGCGGCAGGAAGGCCCGGGGUUCAGGCGGGUAAUGGACAGCAUGAGGCACGCCCACUCCUUGGAGUCCCUGGAGAUGAUUGGCCGGGAAAGCGAGCGGGGUGGAGUCCACUCUCAGGACAACACCCAUAUGCUGGCUCAGCACGUGCUGCACAGCGGCCCGCCUUCACCCACGCACCAGACGCCAGCUAAUGUCCGGCUGCUCGACCACAAGGAGUCGCGCCUUGUGGUCGAGCAGGGCUUAGGCUCCACCCCUCCACCACCUUCACCCCGCCCACGCUUCGCCCCAACUCCUCUGCGGCUGGAUGUGGACGCCUCAGGACGGUCUGUCCUCAGGCUGUCUCACUCUCAGCCUGGCUCCCCCCCUGCUGGACUGUACCAACCCCCUCUGACCCCCGCUCAGACGCCGUCAGGCUUCAGCCUGGACCGCACCAUGUUCGACCUGCCGGGGGACGCCAGUAGUUCCAGUACCAGUUUGAUCGCCAUCGACAACAAAAUCGAGCAGGCCAUGGACCUGGUGAAGAGUCACCUGAUGCUGGCGGUGAGGGAGGAGGUGGAGCUUCUGAGAGAACAAAUCAGAGAGCUGCAGGAGAGGAACCGGCAACUGGAGAGAGAGAACCACACGCUGAGGGCGCUGACCCACAGCAUGCACACUCAAUAACACACACACACACACACUAACACACACACACACUAACACACACACACGUGCCGUCAUGUCAGGGUUAACAGGACGGCGUUCCGGCUCCUGCGUUUUCUGAUCAGCUGAUGCUUCAGAGACACUCGCUGUGCCCUCCUGCUCGUCCUCCUUCAUGUACCUGUAGUACUGUUGAACUGCAGUAUUUGUGGUACUGUGUACUGAUGAAAGGUGUGUGUUUCUGUGUGUGUGUGUGUGUGUGUGUGUGUGCAAGUACUUACAGCAUCUGACAAAAGUGAGCACACCCUGACAUUUCUGUAAAUGUUGUGUUAGCUCCUUCAUGGGACAACGUUGUAGGUAACAAAAGAGAGAAGACCCGAGGUGAAAAUGUCCAAACUGUGCCCAAAGGGUCAGUAGUAUGUUUGGCCACCAUUAUUUUCCAACACUGCCUCAACUCUGUUGGUCAUGGAGUUCACUGGAGCUCCACAGAGGGCCGCUGAAUCCUCUCCCACUCCGCCACGAUGACAUCAUGGAGCUGGUGGAUGCACCUUGCACUCCUCCACCUUCCAUUUGAGGGUUUGGAGACAUGGUUGGUCUGAGCACUGACAGGCUGACCCUCCACGCCUCCAACCUCUGCACCAAUGCUGGCAGCACUCAUACCUGUUUUCAAAGACAACCUCUGGAUAUGACACUGAGCACGUGCACUCGGCUUCUUCUGUCGACCACGGCGAGCUUUGUUCUGAGUGGAACCUGUCCUGUUAAACUGCUGGAUGGUCUCGACCACCGUGCUGCAGCUCAGUUUCAGAGUGUUGGCGAGUCACGUGACACCAGGGAGGGAAAAUGGCUAAUCGGGCUCAGUUUGGACAUCUUCACCUAUGGCUGUACUCACUUUUGUUUCCCAGGGAUUCCGUCAGUAAUGGCUGUGGGUGGAGUUAUUUAGAGGUGACACCAAAUGUGCUGUUGUACAAGCUGCUUACUUUACAUUGUAUCAACGUGUCAGAUUGACAGUGUGUCCUGUGAAAAGAUGUAACGAAAUAUCUCCAAAAAUGUGAGGCUGUGCUCACCUCUGUGAGAUACUGUGUGUGUGUGUGUGUGUGUGUGUGCAG